UUGUACAAUUGAUUGCUCUAACAAACACCACCUCAGCACCAACCCAACCAAAAAUGGACGAAAAUGAUGAGUCCCCAAUCGAACAAGUCCGACUAACCGUACCAAACACCGACGAUCCCUCACUUCCGGUAUGGACCUUCCGGAUGUGGCUUCUUGGAGUCCUCUCAUGCGCCCUCCUCGCUUUCGCAAACACGUUCUUCAUGUUCCGCAAGGAGCCCCUCUCCAUCACCAUGAUUUCGGUGCAGGUGGCGUCGCUCCCUGUUGGGAAGUUCCUCGCGAGUAUUCUCACUAAUAAAAAGUUUCGGAUUCGGGGGUUUGGGGACCGAGAGUUCUCGUUGAAUCCAGGUCCAUUCAACGUUAAAGAGCACGUCUUGAUAUCUAUAUUCGCUAACGUUGCCUCUUCACAAGAAUACGCUAUUCACAUCGUGACAAUUAUCAAGGCAUUUUACCACCGGAAAAUCUCAUUCUUGGCUAGCUGGAUUCUUAUAAUCACUACACAGGUUAUGGGAUAUGGGUGGGCUGGAAUUAUGAGGAGAUUUGUGGUGGAUUCAGCAGAGAUGUGGUGGCCAAGUAGUCUGGUUCAGGUUUCUCUCUUUAGGGCUCUGCACGAAAAAGAAAACAAGCGCAUGACACGGGGGAAGUUUUUCUUGAUUGCCCUCAUUUGCAGCUUCACCUGGUACUUGUUCCCAAGCUACCUCAUACAAAUUUUGCAGGCUGUUUCCUGGGUGUGCUGGAUAUUCCCCAAGUCAACGACGGCACACCAACUUGGGUCAGGCAUGGCGGGACUUGGUCUUGGUUCCUUUGCUCUAGACUGGACUGUUGUAGCUGCAUAUUUCAACAGUCCCCUUAUAAGCCCUUUUUUCGCCAUUGCCAAUGUUGCUGCUGGCUACGUGUUAUCCAUGUUUGUUGCACUUCCUAUCCUCUACUGGGGCAUUAAUCUUUACGACGCCAGGAGGUUCCCAAUUUUCUCCUCGAACCUAUACAAUUCCAGAGGGCAUAAAUAUAAUGUAUCAGGUAUUGUGAAUGACAAAUUUGAAAUUGACAUGGCUGCAUAUGAGAAGGAAGGACGUGUAAAAAUGAGUGUGUUCUUUGCUCUUUUUUACGGAGUUGGUUUUGCUUCAACUGUAGCAACGAUUACGCAUGUAGCAUUGUUUAAUGGAAGGGAGAUAUAUAAACAAUUUUGGUCUUCAUACAAAGGAAAAGUAGAUAUACACACAAGAUUGAUGAAGAAGUACAAAGCGGUUCCUAACUGGUGGUUUCACUCGACUCUUGUUCUGUCACUGACACUAGCUCUGGUCUUAUGCACUGUCAUGAAAAAAGAGAUCCAAAUGCCGUGGUGGGGACUCAUUUUUGCGGCAGGGAUUUCGUGUGUAUUUACUCUUCCGGUCAGCAUCAUCACCGCCACAACAAAUAGUAGACCAGGUCUCAAUGUCAUCACAGAGUAUGUGAUGGGUUCCAUAUUGCCAGGUAGACCAUUAGCCAACGUGUGCUUCAAGACUUAUGGGCAUAUAAGCAUGGUCCAGGCAGUUCUCUUCCUCAACGAUUUCAAGCUAGGCCAUUACAUGAAGAUUCCACCAAGAUCAAUGUUCCUCGUCCAGUUGAUAGGCACUGUCGUAGCUGCAACAGUCAGUACUGGGGUCGCAUGGUGGCUGCUGGGAUCUAUAGAGAACAUAUGUGAGGAUCAACUACUUCCUCAUAACAGUCCAUGGACAUGUCCUAAUGACCAUGUAUUCUUUGAUGCAUCUGUCAUUUGGGGUUUGGUUGGACCGAAACGCAUGUUUGGCAGUCUUGGAGAUUACUCUGCACUCAACUGGUUCUUCCUUGGAGGAGCAUUAGGACCUCUAUUUAUAUGGUUGCUCAUCAAGGCUUUCCCUAAACAAAAAUGGAUUGCGCUGAUUAACAUUCCGGUAAUUUUGACAGCCACCGGUAACAUGCCACCAGCGACGAGCGCAAACUUGAAUUGCUGGAUUAUUGUAGGAGUAGUCUUCAACUACUUUGUUUUCAAUUACCGGAAGCGGUGGUGGCAGAGGUAUAACUAUGUUCUUUCAGCAGCAUUGGAUGCUGGAGUGGCUUUUAUGGGGAUUCUUUUGCACCUCGCGCUAACCAUGGGAAAUAAAAACGUCAAAUGGUGGGGUUCUGAUGGUGAGCACUGUCCAUUGGCUUCAUGCCCAACAGAGAAAGGUGUUGUUGUUAAUGGAUGUCCUGCUUUGUAGCUCCUAUGUGUUAGAAUAAUUCUAACUAUGAAGUAGGCUUAAUUUAAUUGUGAUUUUAGUUUUGUAAAAUGGACCAAAGGCUAUGGCUAUUGAGAUAAUGUGGUCUGCCCAAUUUUAUGUGA